AUGCUGCGGCUCCUUCAUCGGCCCUUCGAGGCGCUCUCUGCAAGCGCUGGUGCCUCGCCCGAUGAAUUGAAGAUAAUUUUCUCAUUCCUCCUGUCCUAUCCACUGGCUGGCCUCUUGAAGCGUGUGCCGGACGCGAAACCCCUGCGCAAGAACCUCUUCAUCAUAAGCACCGCCGUGUUUUAUCUGGUCGGACUCUUCGACCUGUGGAGUGGCCUCUUCACGCUGUGCCUCAGCGCCACCGGCGCCUAUUGCAUCGCAAAGUACCUGCGCAAGAGCCCGUACAUGCCAUGGGUCGGCUUCCUCUUCGUCAUGGGCCACAUGUCAAUCAGCCACAUCCAUCGCCAAGCUGUUGACAGCCCUUCGUCCGUUGAUAUCACCGGUGCCCAGAUGGUGCUCGUCAUGAAGCUGAGCGCCUUCUGCUGGAACGUUGCUGACGGCCAGUUGUCACCCGACAAGCUGACCGACCUGCAACGGGACCGGGCCUUGCCGCAUCUGCCGUCUGUUCUCGACUUCGCGGCCUACGUCCUCUUCUUCCCGGGCUUGCUCGCCGGCCCGGCAUUUGACUACGCCGAAUAUCGCCGCUGGAUCGACACAUCCAUGUUUGACGUCCCCGCGGACAUCGACCCGGCCAAGAAACCACCAGUGAGGAAAAAGCGCAAGAUCCCUCGCAGUGGCACUCCGGCCGCCUUUAAGGCUGCCAGUGGCCUGAUCUGGAUCGGCCUCUUUGUCGCCCUGUCUGGCCGCUUCGGCCACGAACAGCUCGUUGCUGACUCGUACAUGCGCCGCGGCCUGCUCCAUCGCAUCUGGAUCAUGUACAUGGUCAAUCUGGUGACGCGACUCAAGUACUACGGCGUGUGGACCCUGACGGAAGGCUCCUGCAUUCUCGCCGGGUUGGGCUACAAUGGUGUCGAUCCCGUCACCGGCAAGGUGUCGUGGAACCGUCUGCAAAACAUCGACCCUUGGAUGGUAGAGACCGCCCAGAAUCCAAGGAGCUACCUCGCCGGGUGGAACAUGAACACGAACAACUGGUUGCGCAAUUACGUCUACUUGCGCGUAACGCCGAGGGGCAAGAAGCCCGGCUUUCGCGCCAGCAUGACGACCUUUGUCACAAGUGCCUUCUGGCACGGCUUCUACCCUGGUUACUACAUGGCAUUUGUGCUCGCCAGUUUGAUACAAACAGCCGCCAAGAACUUCCGUCGCCUUGUGCGACCAUUCUUUCUCGAUCCUGUCACUGGCGGGCCUGGACCACAUAAGAAGUACUAUGAUGCCGCCAGCUUCGUGGCUACGCAACUCACCUUCUCUUUCGCCACAACCCCGUUCCUGGUUCUCAGCUUUCGUGGCUCGAUGCUGGCAUGGAGCCGUGUGUACUUCUAUGGCUUCGUUUGGACCAUCGUCUCCUUGGUCUUCUUCGCAUCGCCAGGAAAGGCGAAGCUACGCGCACUGCUCGAGAAGAGGCAGGGCAAAGUCAGCGCCAGGUUAGUGAGGUCCAUCAGCACAGACAGCCUCACCGGAAAGGAUCCGAUCUUGGGCAUUUCCAAGGACCUCGAGCGCGAUGUAAACGAGGCCGUUGAGGAGAUCAGGGCCGAAGUCGAAGCCCGCCAAAGGAAGAAGACGGGCUAG